GGUUGAUGUUCUCUUGUUCUCGCUCCAAUCCAAAAAAGUGUUAUCCCAACCAUGUCUUUUCGUCCUCCGAGGUCUCUCCCUGUUCUCUCCAUCUUCCACAGUCCUCAAUGCAGCAAAUCGCGCGCAGCGCUGGCACUGAUGCAAUCUAGACAGAAAAAAGCAAAUGGUGACGACUACUAUCGCUUGGACGUGGUGGACAACUUCACCAAAGAUCAGCUGCGGCAAGUGGUUCAGUAUCUGUCCCAAGAAGUCCCUCCCAAAGAUAUCCUUCGUCCUGAAGCCCAAGGACAAAGCAUCGAUACCUCAACCAUCGUGGAAAUUCUUAAAUCCAAGCCGGACAUGUUGGAACGUCCUAUUGUGGUUGAUUGGGAGCGUGGAAAAGCCGUUCUGGGCCGCCCUACCCUGGAUGCCGUCCAGAAGCUCAUCGACGCCCGCACAAAGAAAUAAUGCCGUAAUGGAGGUUACAUCUUUCUUUAUUGAGCAACAAUACACAUAUACACAAUAGCAAAAAUUCAAAUAAGAACAAGUGCA